GGGGGCGCUGCCCGCGAUGCCCGCAGCCCCCGCCGCUCCCAGCCGGGCCUGCUGAGCCGCCCCCGGGCCGGGGCCGCGCGGAGUCUGGCCGGGCCGCGCCCGGGCGGGGCCGCGCUGCCUGCAUGACCCUCCGGCGGCGCGGGGAGAAGGCGACCAUCAGCAUCCAGGAGCAUAUGGCCAUCGACGUGUGCCCCGGCCCCAUCCGGCCCAUCAAGCAGAUCUCCGACUACUUCCCCCGCUUCCCGCGGGGCCUGCCGCCGGACGCCGGGCCCCGCGCCGCUGCACCCCCGGACGCCCCCGCGCGCCCGGCCGCGGCCAGCGCGGGCCGCCGCAGCCCCUCCGACGGCGCCCGCGACGACGACGAGGAUGUCGACCAGCUGUUUGGAGCCUACGGCGCCAGCCCCGGCCCCGGCCCCGGCCGCAGCACGGCGCGACCGCCUGCCAAGCUGCCCGAGGACGAGCCGGACGCCGACGGCUACGAGUCCGACGACUGCACCGCCCUGGGCACGCUGGACUUCAGCCUGCUCUACGACCAGGAGAACAACGCUCUCCACUGCACCAUCAGCAAGGCCAAGGGCCUGAAGCCGAUGGACCACAAUGGGCUGGCAGACCCCUAUGUCAAGCUGCACCUGCUGCCAGGAGCCAGUAAGGCAAAUAAGCUCAGAACGAAAACUCUCCGAAACACUCUGAACCCCACGUGGAACGAGACCCUCACUUACUACGGGAUCACAGACGAAGACAUGAUCCGAAAGACCCUGCGGAUCUCCGUGUGUGAUGAGGACAAAUUCCGCCACAACGAGUUCAUUGGGGAGACGCGGGUGCCCCUCAAGAAGCUGAAGCCCAACCACACCAAGACGUUCAGCAUCUGCCUGGAGAAGCAGCUGCCGGUGGACAAGACAGAAGACAAGUCCCUGGAGGAGCGGGGCCGCAUCCUCAUCUCCCUCAAGUACAGUUCGCAGAAGCAGGGCCUGCUGGUCGGCAUUGUGCGCUGCGCACACCUGGCUGCCAUGGACGCCAACGGCUACUCGGACCCCUACGUGAAAACAUACCUGAAGCCAGAUGUGGACAAGAAAUCCAAACAUAAGACAGCGGUAAAGAAGAAAACCCUAAACCCAGAGUUCAACGAGGAAUUCUGUUAUGAGAUUAAGCACGGGGACCUGGCCAAGAAGACGCUGGAGAUCACCGUUUGGGAUUAUGACAUUGGAAAAUCCAACGAUUUCAUCGGCGGCGUGGUUCUGGGCAUCAAUGCCAAGGGCGAGCGCCUGAAGCACUGGUUUGAUUGCCUGAAGAACAAGGACAAGCGGAUCGAGCGCUGGCACACGCUCACCAACGAGCUCCCGGGGGCCGUGCUCAGCGACUGA